AAUGUCCGCAAGAUGGCAGAAUAAUUGUUCAAUUGAGCACAUAGAUUGGCAGAUCUAUACAAAUUCUUUUCACGUUAGAUUCUCGUGGCAGGCACGUCGUUAGGACGAUAAACCACUAUGCAGAUCUUCGUAAAGACCCUUACGGGUAAAACCAUUACCCUAGAAGUAGAAGCAUCUGAUACUAUAGAAAAUGUAAAAGCUAAAAUUCAAGACAAGGAAGGAAUACCACCCGAUCAGCAAAGACUUAUUUUUGCUGGUAAACAAUUGGAAGAUGGUCGUACUUUGUCAGACUAUAAUAUCCAAAAAGAAUCAACGCUUCAUUUGGUAUUGCGUCUUCGUGGUGGAGUUAUUGAACCUACCCUUCGUAUUCUUGCACAGAAAUAUAAUUGUGAUAAGAUGAUUUGUAGGAAAUGUUAUGCACGUCUCCAUCCACGUGCAACUAACUGCCGUAAAAAAAAAUGUGGGCACACAAAUAAUAUCCGCCCAAAGAAGAAGCUAAAGUAAAAUGUAUUUGGAUUAUUUUUUUUUUAUCCAAAUCAUGGAAAAUUUGGAUGUCCAUCUUUAUCUAUAUUACACAUUUUCUGGCAAUAGUAUGAUGGACAACUCAGAAAUAUGUAUCUCUUAUUAUGGAUUGCAAUAAAAUCUAAGGAUCAAUCAAUAUUAAA